AGGGCCCCGCUGCUGGUUCAAGUGAGGAUAGAGACCGUCCUGAGCUGAACUCAACGUUACAAAUAGGAGCUGCGGUUUUUCCAAGUGGAGCAGAGUGGAGGUGCGCCACGCCGAUCAUAAUAUGAAGUAACAGCGCUGAGUGGAUCUGCAGCAUUAAAAGCAGAGAGGGAGACGAGACAGGAGCUUCUUCCUCAACCGGACACACACACACGGACACGUUUGGAGGGACGAGGGACGAGGACUCGCGCGCACCAAACUCACCCUUCGUCACAGGUGGCACUGUUGCUGCUUCCAGAGUCUGUCAGAGUCCAGAGAGCGCCGAGCAGCACAGAGGAGAGACUCACUCCACCCCCCUGACAGGCGAGAUGUACGAGGAAGAGUCCCAGCAGAUGAGGGGGCAGCAGGACGUGGCUGUGCUCCAGACUCUGGAGUCAACUGCAGCAUUGAGUCCAGGUGGAGGCGGAGCAGGAGGAGGAGGAGGAGGAGGGCCAAUGUCUUUCACAGAUGAAGCUGUGUCCAUCCUGACCUCCAGCAGCAUGUUGGCCCGCUCCCUGCUGGGUCGCAGCUCUGCCGUCAAACGCAAAGAGAGUCCUUCUUCCAGCAUCCGACGCAAGCGGGAGUUCAUCCCUGUUGAUAAGAAGGACGAGGGCUACUGGGACAAGAGGAGGAAGAACAACGAGGCGGCGAAGCGUUCGCGGGAGAAGCGGCGUGUGAAUGACAUGGUCCUGGAGAGCCGCGUUCUGGCUCUGCUGGAGGAGAAUGCUCGUCUGAGAGCAGAGCUGUUGGCUCUGAAGUUCCGCUUCGGGCUGGUCAAAGACCCCUCCAACGCCCCGAUUCUGCCCCUCACCACAGCUCCUCACCACGCCGCUCAAACCCUGACUCCUCACUAUUACCUCCACAGAGGCGAUGGAGGUCUCCCCAGCUCCGCAGCCUCACACCCCAGCAACCAGACAGGCCAUCUGAGCACCAAGGCGUCCAGGGAGGCUGGUAACAUAUCAGAGGACUCUGGGUUCUCCACGCCAGGUGGCUCCAGCGUGGGCAGUCCGAUUUUCUUCGAGGACCGGCUGAGCGACCACGGGAAGCUGUCACCACACAGAGCAGAGGAGCUCGGCUAUGACCUCCAUCACUCCCCUGCUGAUGUCACCGCAGGACCCACUGUGGCAAAGCUGGACCACGCUGAGCCGAUGAAAAACCUUCCUCACAAGCUACGCUUCAAGACGCCCGGUUGCGGGGACGCGGUGGAUGCUGCAGGGGACAACAGCAGCGCCAGACGCAGCCCUGCGCUGUCCACAGCAGGACGGGAAGCUCAGAGAGAGUCCCUUAAAGGACUGAGCGGGGUUGAAACGGCGGCGGGGCACUGCGCCGGCUCCUGGCUGCAGCAGCUGGAGGGGGAGGAAGGCAGGAAGGGGAGACAGUCCCCUCAGUACAACGCCUACAGUGUCCAGCCUCCUGCCACGCAAGGACAGACUGAGGUCCAGUAUAAGCACGAGAACACUCACCUGAAGUCUCAGCUCAACUCUCUGAGUGAGGAGGUGGCUCAGCUGAAGAAGCUUUUCACAGAGCAGCUCAUGGCCAAAGUCAACUGAGGAACAGGGCUGCGAGUGUCUGGACUUUACAGACAAACUUUUGCUGAGUGCAAAAACAGGAGUGCUGGACUGAGCACAGACGUUCGCCAGGACUGAUCAACCUUUAAGUCUAACGAACUUUUAACAACGUGUUGUUUUUAUUUCAGAUACUGUAUGAUAUUGUAUUAAAUGUCUAUAAACAUUCAUCUCAUCACCUGCUGUUCAACAACUACUUAAUCUCACCUCCAGUUAAUGUUGCUCAGACAGGGAGUCUUAUCUGUAAUAGUAUUAAUAGUUUCCAUGCACUGUGACGACUACACACACACACAAACUGUUUACAUCACACCAUUACAACUCAAGCUUCACUUAAUCUCCUCACAUCAUUAACAGAAACAGGUUUUGGUGGUUCUGCAGCCACGUUAAAUUCAACUGGAAGUCAGCCAGCAGUUUGUGAACACGUCACGACGGAGGAGGUGUUUGCAGUUUGUGAGUGGUUUGACUUACUGUGCAUGUUUCCAGCUGCUGAGGCAGGUGUGCUGGAGGCUGUAAACACAAGCAGACAGACAGUAAACACACAGGAAUAAAACUAUUCGCUGUCAAACCUCCACCAGUCCUGGUUUGUUCUGAAUCGCACACAACACGUAUAUAAUACGCUUGUUUCUCAUCUCUUGUUAUGUGUCGCACGAUUAUGUCAAGAAGCAGCUUUUUAUUUUUUUAGCAAAGACACUGUAACAUGUUCUGUUUUGGGUGUUUCACUUCAGUCUCUGUUCAUGCAUUCAGUAUGUGUUAUUGCUGCCGUGUUAUCUGUACUGAGGUGGUGAUGAUGAGAAUUUAACGUCUGCUGUCUUUCUGUAUAUUUUCAUAUUAAAAAUAAAUCAAUUUGACAGAUUCAA